AUUUCCGCCCGAAACUCGCGUCUGCGCUGGCGCCGUUUCCGCCAGCCCCGAGUGCCGCCUCCCUCCGCGCCUCCCUCCUCGGAGCGUCCCCAGCCCAGGCCUCGGCCCCCAGCUCCGAGGGUCCUCGGGGGCGGGGAGCAGGUCUGAUGAGUGGGCCCUGCCCCCGGGCCCCCGAGGACGGCGCCUCCACGUCUGUCUGCCGGCCCAAGAGUUCCAUGGCCCCUGCUUCCCGCCGGCAACGCCGAGAGCGACGCUUCCGGCGGUACUUGUCUGCAGGACGGCUGGUGCGAGCCCAGGCUCUCCUCCAGCGGCAUCCCGGCCUCGAUGUGGAUGCCGGGCAGCCCCCUCCUCUCCACAGGGCCUGUGCCCGCCACGAUGCCCCGGCCCUGUGCCUGCUGCUGCGUCUCGGGGCUGACCCUGCCCACCAGGAUCGCCACGGCGACACGGCGCUGCACGCUGCCGCCCGCCAGGGCCCUGAUGCUUACACGGACUUCUUCCUGCCGCUGCUCAGUCGCUGCCCCUCUGCCAUGGGGAUAAAGAAUAAGGAUGGGGAGACUCCUGGGCAGAUUCUGGGCUGGGGACCCCCCUGGGAUUCUGCUGAAGAGGAAGAGGAUGAUGAGAUUUCCAAGGAGCGAGAGUGGCGGCAGAAGCUGCAGGGCGAGCUGGAGGAUGAGUGGCAGGAGGUCAUCGGCAGGUUUGAAGACGAUGCUUCUCAUGAGACGCAGGAGCCCGAGUCCUUCUCAGCCUGGUCAGAUCGCCUGGCUCGAGAGCAUGCCCAGAAACGGCGGCGGCAGCAGUUGGAGGCCGAGAGAUCCUGCCGACCCCCAAGGGCUGGGGGCUCCGGUCACAGCUGGCGUCAGCAAGAGGAGGAACAGCGGCUUUUCCGAGAGCGAGCCCGGGCCAAGGAGGAGGAACUGCGUGAGAGCCGAGCCAGAAGGGCUCAAGAGGCUCAAAGGGACAGAGGGACAGAGCCUCCCAGGCCUGGGCCCAGGGCCGAGCACCCACGAGGGGCGGGGCGGGGCAGCCUCUGGCGCUUUGGUGAUGUGCCCUGGCCCUGCCCUGGUGGAGGGGACCCAGAGGCCAUGGCUGCAGCCUUGGUGGCCAGGGGUCCCCCUCUGGAGGAACAGGGGGCUCUGAGGAGGUACUUGAGAGUCCAGCAGGUCCGAUGGCACCCUGACCGCUUCCUGCAGCGAUUCCGAAGCCAGAUUGAGACCUGUGAGCUGGGCCGUGUGAUGGGAGCCGUGACAGCCCUCUCUCAGGCCCUGAACCGCCAUGCAGAAGCCCUCAAGUGACCCUAGGGGAUGAGCAAGAACCUGUGAGGCUGUAGCCUCGAGGACAGGCAGGAAGAGGAGCAAGGUCAUGGAUGGGGAUGGACAAGAGGCCGCUACUGCACAGAGAGGAUAUGGGGCAGGCUCACGUAAUGGAUGCGGGGGUGGGGAGGGGGUGGGGGAGGCUCUGCCACCGCUCCUGACUGCCAUUUCCUAAUAAGACCUGGUUCCACAUCUCA